CCAUUCAAAGAUGCCCUGCCUGAAUUCAACCAAACCCCUCUCCCUCUCUUUCUGUAUCUCUCCCAAGGUAACCCAUCUCUCCCUCAGAAACCCACAUGGAGUUUCACCACAGAAAGCUGUUUUCAGAAUCGGACAACACAACGGAGGAGUGCCGGUGGUACUGUGAUUCUAAGUCGAACGACUCAGGUAUUUGUCCACCGUCAUGUUGUUCAGAAUGUCCUUUGGUUUGCCCCUCCUCGUCCACUUCUACCCGCUCUUCCCCAGGAAAAGCUGACAAGCUCUCCCCCUACUUGGUCAUCUGUCUCUCCGUGCUCGCCACCACUUUCUUUGUUGUCUGCCUCUAUGUUUUCUACAAGAAGUACUAUUCACGGCGGCGCCUUUCUAGGAGGAGAAAUUCACAGGCGCCGGCGGAGGGAGCUCAUGAUGAUUUCAUUGAUGAAGAUCAGGAACCUGUGGUGGAUCACCCCAUCUGGUACAUCCGCACAGUUGGCCUCCAGCCAUCAGUCAUCAGUGCUAUAACCAUCUGUAAGUACAAGAGAGGUGACGGCCUUGUUGAAGGUACUGAAUGCUCUGUUUGCUUGACUGAGUUUGAAGAAGACGAGGCCGUUCGCCUUCUUCCUAAGUGUAACCACGCUUUUCACAUCCCUUGUAUUGAUACUUGGCUUAGCUCCCACACAAAUUGUCCUAUGUGCCGUGCGGGUAUCGUUUCUAGCACGGCGGGAGCUCCAUCUCCCGAGCAGAGUGUUGAGAAUUCAGGUCCUUUGGAGGAAGCCCGGGUGGAAAUUCCUGAGAAUGGCGGCCAGUUUGAAGAAAUAGAAGAUGAGGUUUGUGAAUUGAGGAUUGGGAGAGAGGAAGAAGGCGAAUUAGGGGAGGUGGAGAAUGAAAGAAGUAGCUGUGAGGUCGCAAAGGAGGAGGUGGAUGAGAUACAGCCAAUGAGAAGAUCAGUUUCCAUGGAUUCUCUGUCAGCUUCUAUGAUCAGUCUUGCUCUUGCUAAUGUUCAUCCCCAAAAAAGCAAUGGAAAUUCAGACUCACAAUUAGCAAAUUCGAAGAAAUCUAUUAUGCCUAUUGUUCCUAAGAGAGUUGGUGGAAACCAGAGCCUAGUGAAAUUAAUGGAGAGUUCUUCUAUGGGGAGGAUUCUGCAAAGUGGGUCUACCUCUAUGAAGAGAUCAUUCUCCUGCAGUGGGAAGCUCUUUCUAUUGAGGCAUAAUCGGAGACGGAGCUCGGUUCUUCCUUUGUAAAGUUUUGAUCUUACCCUGGUAUGUAUUUUCAGGCGAGACAUCAGAAGAAACAAAGAUGUCUCGUGAACUCUCAACAAGCUGAGAGUUUGAAACUUAUCACAGGCAUAUACAAGAGAACUAUACAAUAAGACAAGAAAUGAGGCUCAUGAGGCUGAUCCAAAAGGGGGGAAACCAGCUCAGAAGGGAUAAUUUUCUUGGUACUUUUUCAAGCUUUUUGAAUUUGAUGUGGUUUUGUACCACAAAAACAUCCACAUGAAACAUAUAUAAAUAUUAGUCAUGUUACAUUUUGAGUUUCUAAUAUGAGUGAAUCACGAGCAAAUGUAAAUGGGUUAUGGAAAUUUACUCUUCCUAUGUUCAGUAUGCUUUCUCUGUUUUGGGAUUGCUUGAAAUUUGAUAGCAGGGUCAUUUUUCUCA